AUGAAAAUAAUUUUCGGACUACUUUUACUGGUCGCCCUCGCUUGGGGUCAAAAUGGAAUUCAAAAUUUUUUUGAAGCCAUUAAGGUAAUAGUGGAAACAUUAGGGAAAGUAGUACAAGCUCUAGUUAGCAUCUUAGAAAAUAUUCAAAAAUGGAUUAAAGAUAGUUGUGAUAAAAAUGGGGGUCCUGGUGCCUACGAGAACCUAAAGAAAGUCUGGUCGGAAGUGAUCGAUUUUUAUGACAGUCAUUUCAAAGGAUUUAAUCAGGACGUUAAAGAAGCGAAAAAAACUGGAAAUUUAAGUGCAGUGAUUAAGAAUUACUGUCGCUUAAGUGUUCCGCUGAUCCAAUCCGUACAGAAGCUGUCAGAUGGAGCAAUGAAAUGCAGUGAAAUAGGAUUCAGACAAAAGCUUCAACAUUUCCGAAAUAUGGCCGAGAAAGCCAUCAAUUAUGCUUGCGAAAAUGAUGGGGUGCGAAUUAUUUCUUUUGUAGCAGAAGAUGGCAUAGAUUGUGUGAUGGGUGAUAUUGUUUCCCUGCUAAAAUGUGGGGGGGAUAUAAGUUUUGGUGCAUUUGACCUCCCGAGCACAAUCAAAAGUUUUGAGUUUAAUCAAGAACUGUGCAAGAAUUAUAAAAGAAUCCAGGAGUGCAUGGUUCAAACACUAGGAAAAUGCAACAAGAAUGAGCCAGCGAAACUCAUCAAUGAUUUUUUAAAUGAGAUAUACAAAUCGUCGCCCUGCCAUAGUUUCAAUGAUGCGCGAAUGCUUUUUCAAGUGCUCGGCGCAUUAGAAGAUGGUCUUGCAUGCCUGAACGAAAAGUCCGAAGAAUUGGAGAAAUGCGGAAACGAUGCUUUUCCAAAAUCCACGGAAAAGCUAGAAUACGAUGAAGUCAAACAGUUCCAAAGCUGUGUCGUGAAAACAACGUCAACGUGCAAACAGGAUAUGCCAUCAGAGAUAAUCGAUACUCUCAUCGACUACAUUUACAGCUUGUCAACAUGAAAAUGCAA